GAAAUUGUAUAAGUUUUACAACCUAUUUCCAUUUCAGCACUAGUCUAGUGAGCCUAGAAGAGAAACAAUGCGCAUAAUCCUGAUAGCAAUAUUUAUUAUUGCUAUACCAGAAAACAAUGUUGCAGCUCAUCUAAAAGGUUGCUUCCGGUCUCAUCCAAAGGAAUCAGAGGGAGAAAUUGAACUAAGGAAUUAUGAACCCAACAUGUUCUGCAGCGCAACAUUGUCCGCCCCAAACGCUCAUGGAAUACGCCUUGAACUUACCGAUAUGGACGUGCUAUCGUGA